GUAACGGGUACGCUUCGCUUCGCGUUCCUCGCUUGGCCUUGCGUUCCUAGCUUGGCUUGGCUGUUAGUCGCUUUGCCUGGUGUUUCUUGCUUGGAUUGGCGUUUCCUCCCUCGAAUUCCUUUGCUGGGCUUGACCUUUUCUCUGUUGGGUUUGGCAUUCCCUUGACUGGGCUGGGUGUUUCCUUGGGAGGGGGGGCUUGGCCUUUCCUGGGGUGGGCGUGGGGUCCCCCUGGUGGGCGUGGGCUUUCCCCGGGUGGGUGUGGGUUUUCCCUGGGUGGGGUGGGCUGGGCUCCCUUGCUGGGGUUGGCAAGUUUUGGCUGGGAUUGACCUUUCUCUUCAAACAGAUUGGAAACCCAGGGUUUCCUGCUAGUUGGUGAAACUGGUUGGUAGACGCGAUCUGUUCGCUACUACCGGCCUCCCCUGGCUGUUAAAAGCAGAUGGUGGCUGAGGUUUGUUCAAUGCCCGCUGCCUCUGCUGUGAAGAAGCCAUUUGAUCUCAGGAGCAAGAUGGGCAAGUGGUGCCACCACCGCUUCCCCUGCUGCAGGGGGAGCGGCAAGAGCAACAUGGGCACUUCUGGAGACCACGACGACUCCUUUAUGAAGACGCUCAGGAGCAAGAUGGGCAAGUGUUGCCACCACUGCUUCCCCUGCUGCAGGGGGAGCGGCACGAGCAAUGUGGGCACUUCUGGAGACCAUGACAACUCCUUUAUGAAGACACUCAGGAGCAAGGUGGGCAAGUGGUGCUGUCACUGCUUCCCCUGCUGCAGGGGGAGCGGCAAGAGCAACGUGGGCACUUGGGGAGACUACGACGACAGCGCCUUCAUGGAGCCGAGGUACCACGUCCGUCGAGAAGAUCUGGACAAGCUCCACAGAGCUGCCUGGUGGGGUAAAGUCCCCAGAAAGGAUCUCAUCCUCAUGCUCAGGGACACUGACAUGAACAAGAGGGACAAGCAAAACAGGACUGCUCUACAUUUGGCCUCUGCCAAUGGAAAUUCAGAAGUAGUACAACUCCUGCUGGACAGACGAUGUCAACUUAAUGUCCUUGACAACAAAAAAAGGACAGCUCUGAUAAAGGCCGUACAAUGCCAGGAAGAUGAAUGUGUGUUAAUGUUGCUGGAACAUGGCGCUGAUCGAAAUAUUCAAGAUGAGUAUGGAAAUACCGCUCUACACUAUGCUAUCUACAAUGAAGACAAAUUAAUGGCCAAAGCACUGCUCUUAUAUGGUGCUGAUAUUGAAUCAAAAAACAAGUGUGGCCUCACACCACUUUUGCUUGGCAUACAUGAACAAAAACAGCAAGUGGUGAAAUUUUUAAUCAAGAAAAAAGCUAAUUUAAAUGCACUUGAUAGAUAUGGAAGAACUGCCCUCAUACUUGCUGUAUGUGGUGGAUCAGCAAGUAUAGUCAAUCUUCUACUUGAGCAAAAUGUUGAUGUAUCGUCUCAAGAUCUAUCUGGACAGACGGCCAGAGAGUAUGCUGUUUCUAGUCAUCAUCAUGUAAUUUGUGAAUUACUUUCUGACUAUAAAGAAAAACAGAUGCUAAAAAUCUCUUCUGAAAACAGCAAUCCAGAACAAGACUUAAAGCUGACAUCAGAGGAAGAGUCACAAAGGCUUAAAGUCAGUGAAAAUAGCCAGCCAGAGAAAAUGUCUCAAGAACCAGAAAUAAAUAAGGACUGUGAUAGAGAGGUUGAAGAAGAAAUAAAGAAGCAUGGAAGUAAUCCUGUGGGGUUACCAGAAAACCUGACUAAUGGUGCCAGUGCUGGCAAUGGUGAUGAUGGAUUAAUUCCACAAAGGAAGAGCAGAAAACCUGAAAAUCAGCAAUUUCCUGACACUGAGAAUGAAGAGUAUCACAGUGAUGAACAAAAUGAUACCCAGAAACAACUUUCUGAAGAACAGAACACUGGAAUAUCACAAGAUGAGAUUCUGACUAAUAAACAAAAGCAGAUUGAAGUGGCUGAAAAGAAAAUGAAUUCUGAGCUUUCUCUUAGUCAUAAGAAAGAAGAAGAUCUCUUGCGUGAAAACAGCAUGUUGCGGGAAGAAAUUGCCAUGCUAAGACUGGAACCAGAUGAAAUAAAACAUCAGAACCAGCUAAGGGAAAAUACAAUUUUGGAGGAAAUUGAAAGUGUAAAAGAAAAGAGUGAUAAACUUCUAAAGGCUAUACAACUGAAUGAAGAAGUAUUAACGAAAACCAGUAUUUAAGUACAGUGGACAGCUUAGGAUUUUGACAACUGAGAAUGCUCAGUUCUGAACUGGAGAAUGUAAGACACAGCUAGGAAACACUGGAAAUGGAAAUUCAAUCAUGUCAUUGUAGACUGACUACUGCUCUACAUGAUUGUGAUCAAAGUCAGAUAGCUGAAAGGGACUUCUUUCCAGAGAACAAACAUCAACAGGUUUAUUUACAGGAGAAAAUGAAUUCUCAUAUAUCUCACCUAAAAGGUAACAGUGAGAUUCUUUCUGAACAACUCUAACGCUGACAGUAAAAUUAACAACCUAAAAAUUAAGCUCCAUCACACAGGAUAAAUUCUGAGAGAAAAGAUGAGGCAGGCCACCAUCUUUCCUGUUUGGGCAACUUAGUCAUUCCAGCUUGCGGGCUUUGGAGAGUACAAACUCACCAGGGGCAGAAGAGAUCCUGUGGCAUAGCACAGCUGCUUUACCAAAUCAUGGCCAGAAUGCUGCUGUAAGCAGGCCCCUGAUCCUGUUCCUCGUCACUGGACAGGAUCUCCCACCUGAGGCCUCCAGCUACACCCACCAGUGUUCCCUGGCCAAUGGAGAUUUGAAACCUUCCUGGGACAGAGUUCCCAGAGAGAGGGGUGGGCCAUGACCUUUGUUGUUUGGGCAACUAACCCUUCUGGCCUGUGGGCUUUGGAGAGCCCAAGCUGACCAGGGGUGGAAGUGGUACCUCAGCACAGAACAGCCACCCUGCGAAAACGUGGCCAGACUCUUGUUUAAGCCAGUCCCCAACCACAUUUCUAAUCACUGGGUGGAGCCUUUCGACCAGGGUCUCCAGCCACCUUCACUGCUGUUCUCUGGCUGACAGAGGUUUCAGGCCUCCCUGAGUCAGAGCUCCCAGGGGGAGGACCAGACUGUCAUCUUUGCUGUUUGGAUGACUCAGCCAGUUCAGUCUUAGAGUUUCAGAGUGUCUGAGGAGACCAGGGGCUGAAGUGAACCCCCAGCACAGCAUAGCCACCCAACAAAAAUGUGGCCAGACUUGUUUUUUAAACAAGUCUCUAUUCGUGUUCCUCCUGACUAGGCAAGACUUCUCAACUUGCUUCCAGUCACAUCCUACAGGUGUGUUCAGAUUGGCAACAGGUUCAUACCUCAGAGGUACAGAGCUCCCAGAGGGAAGGGCAGGCUAUCGUCUUUGCUUUUUCGCAGGCUUCACUGCUGAUACCUUCAGCCACUGGAAAAUACGAGGCAAUUGGCGACUGGAGUGGACCCCCAGCAUACCACGGCAGCCCCACAGAAAAGUGGCCAGACUGUUAUGUGGGUGCCUAUUUCCAUAUCUCCUCGAUGGGCAGGUCUUCCUGGCCUGGGUCUCCAGCCAGCCCCCCACUUGAGCUUUCAAGCCAGUAGCAACUCAGCAACUCCCUGGACAGAGCUUCCAGGAGCAACAGAAAUCCUCUCUGCCACUGCCUCUGCAGUGGAACUGCCCUUGCUACCCUCAGAAUAUCAAGGGAGCAAAGACCCUAAGUGCCAUAUUGACACCUCCAACAAGCUGCAGUUGACACAAGGAACAAGUCAGUCCAUCUUCCACGGGUACAACACACCCGUUACUGCUCAUCACCAGACAAGGAACCCGGGCUUGGGCCCACAGCACAGACCCUCCAUCCUGGGGUGAUUACAUUAAGUAACUGCUAACUUACACCUCUCUGGGGUGGAGCCCCCAGGAGACAAGGAAAGCUGGGGUCCUGGGAGAGGCAAGCAGACUAGGGAGGGCUGAGAUCAGACCAGCUCCAUCUGAUGUGCAAGACCAUCCAACAGAAUAGACCAAGAAGAGGAAAGAAUCCCAGAGCUUGAAAACUGGCUUUCUGAAAUAAAACAGGCAAACAAGAAUGGGGGAAAAAAGAAUGAAAGGGAAUGAACAAAACAUCCGAGAAAUAUGGGAUUAUAUAAACGACCAAAUCUAUGACUGAUUAAUGUACCUGAAAGAGAUGAGGAGAAUGGAACCAACUUGGAAAACACAUUUCAGAAUAUCAUUCAUGAGAAUGUCCCCAACCUAGCCAGACAGGCCAACAUUCAACUUCAGGAAAUCCAGAGAACCUCAGUAAGAUAUGCCAUGAGAAGAUCAUCCCCAAGACACAUAAUCAUCAGAUUCUCUGAGGUCAAAAUAAAAGAAAAAGUGUUAAAGGCAGCUAGGGCGAAAGGCAACAUCACCUGCAAAGGGAAUUCCAUCAGACUUAGCAGACCUCUCAACGGAAACUGUACAAGCCAGAAAAGAUAUUCAACAUCUUAAAGAAAAGAAAUUUCAACCCAGAAUUUCAUGUCCAGCAAAAUUAAGCAUCAUAAGUGAAGGAGAAACAAGAUCCUUUUCAGACAAGCAAAUGCUGAGGGAAUUCAUUAUCACCAGACCUACCUUAAAAGAGCUCCUGAAGGAAGCACUAAAUAUGGAAAGAAAAGACCACCACCAGCCACUACAAAAACACACUGAAGUACACAGACAAGUGAUGCUAAAAAUCAACCACAUACAUAAGUCUGCAAAAAAGCCAGCUGACAGCAUGACGACAGGAUCAAAUCCACACAUACCAUUACUAACCUUAAAUGGAAAUGGGCUAAAUGCUCCAAUUGAAAGACACAGGGUGCAAGCUGGAUAAAGAACCAAGACCCAUUGGAGUAUGCCGUCUUCAAGAAACCCAUCUCACAUGCAGUGCCCUACAUAGGCUCAAAAUAAAGGAAUGGAGAAAAAUAUUUCAAGGAAAUGGAAAAUAGAAAAAAGCAGGUGUUGCACUCCUAGUUUCUGACAAAACAGACUAUACCAAUAAAGAUUAAAAAAAAAAGAGCUGGGCACGGUGGUUCACGCCUGUAAUCCCAGCACUUUCGGAGGCUGAGACGGAUGGAUCACAAGGUCAGGAGAUCGAGACCAUCCUGGCUAACACGGUGAAACCCCGUCUCUACGAAAAAUACAAAAAAUUAGCUGGGCAUGGUGGCGGGUGCCUGUAGUCCCAGCUACUUGGGAGGCUGAGGCAGGAGAAUGGUGUGAACCUGGGAAGUGGAGCUUGCAGUGAGCCAAGAUCGUGCCACUGCACUGCAGCCCAGGCGAGACAGUGAGACUCCGUCUCAAAAAAAAAAAAAAAAAAAAAAAAAAAAGAA